AGACUGUUUGGCAACAUAUAAAAGAGUGGAUUUUAUUUGUAUUAAUGGCAGAGGUCAAAGGGCAGUUGCCAGCAUGGCCUAAGAUAAAGUCUCUGUUUAUGAUAGGUUAAUGAUCCACAUGUGUUCUGGUUCAAUGAAACCAAAGUCAGUGAGGAGAACAGGGCGACAGAGGUCAGCAGCUCAGCCACGAAGGCCUUCAAUUAAACACCUCAGGAGCACUUUCACUUUCUGGAAAAGUUAUGUACUUUAAGGCAUUGACUCUUGGGUUCAUCCUAAUGCAAGUUUGCAUGCCAACUGUGGCCCAGACUCCAACAGAACAACCCGACUCUCCAGGAAUACUAAGCAGGCUUGCAGAGAGAGCCAGGCAAGCCAGAACUAGAUUUCAGGCUCUUGGGGCGACGGCGCUCGGCUUCGCUGGUGCUUAUUAUGAGGAUCACAUCCAGCCUGUGACUGACAGCUAUGUGGAGUGGGCCUCCAAUGUCAGAAGUUCCCUGCAGGAGAGGAUUCAGACGGCGGUGGAAAAUUACAUGCCAUUUAGGAAUUGAUCAACCCCGUCUGACCCAUUUCAGCCAAAAAGUAAACAUCAGCAUUCAAAUAAAAAUGCUGCAGCUUCUUGUGUCUUGAUGUUUGCUUCUUAUUAAAUGUGAUAAAAUAAAGAAAAAUCAGAGUAAAAUG